AUGUACUGGACGGACUGGGAGGAGGAUCCCAAGGACAGCAAGAGGGGCAAGAUCGAGAGAGCCUGGAUGGACGGUUCCAACCGCAACGUCUUCAUCACCUCCAAGACCGUCCUGUGGCCCAACGGGCUGAGCCUGGACAUCCCAGCCAAGAUCCUUUACUGGGUGGAUGCUUUCUAUGACCGCAUCGAGAUGGUCUACCUCAACGGCACCGAGCGGAAGAUCGUGUAUGAGGGACCGGAGCUGAAUCACGCCUUCGGGCUCUGCCACUACAGCAGCUUCCUCUUCUGGACCGAGUACCGCAGCGGCAGCAUCUACCGGUUGGACCAGGCCUCCAAGGUGGUGAGCCUGCUCCGGAAUGAGCGCCCGCCCAUCUUCGAGAUUCGGAUGUACGACGCGCAGCAGCAGCAAGUGGGCUCCAACAAGUGCCGCGUGAACAACGGCGGCUGCAGCAGCUUGUGCCUGGCCACCCCCCGGGGCCGCCAGUGUGCCUGUGCCGAGGACCAGAUCCUGGGAUCCGACUCCGUCACCUGCCAGGCCAACCCGUCCUACAUCCCGCCCCCGCAGUGCCAGCCCGGGGAGUUUGCUUGCAAGAACAACCGCUGCAUCCAGGAGCGCUGGAAAUGCGACGGGGACAACGACUGCCUGGACAACAGCGACGAAGCCCCCGAGCUCUGCCCCAUGGAGGAGGCAUGGGGGUGGGAUGGCGAAGGGCAGGUCCUGAGCAGUGUCUUCCCUGCAGACCAGCACACCUGCCCCUCAGACCGUUUCAAGUGCAAGAACAACCGCUGCAUCCCCAACCGCUGGCUCUGUGAUGGGGACAACGACUGCGGGAACAACGAGGACGAGUCCAACUCCACUUGCUCGGCUCGGACCUGCUCCCCCAACCAGUUCUCCUGUGCCAGUGGGCGCUGCAUCCCCAUCUCCUGGACGUGUGACCUGGACGAUGACUGCGGGGACCGCUCGGAUGAGUCUGCCUCAUGCGCCUACCCGACCUGCUUCCCCCUGACCCAGUUCACCUGCAACAACGGGCGCUGCAUAAACAUCAACUGGCGCUGUGACAACGGUAAGGACCGCGGCCCCGCGGCUGCCAAGGGUGGGGGGCACAACUGGGGACGGCGAGAUCAGAUGCAGGGGUGCCAGCCUG